AUGAACAUGUCGCGAAGAAAGAAAUUUGUUGGAUUUCCACAGCAUAAACUGCUUCAACAACAACCAACAGAUGAGCAUAAAGAAAUCGUUUUUACUAAUGGCGAGAGGUUGGGGUUAGUCGACAAUUUACUCGUUUCAAAGCCAUGCAAUAAAGCUUUGUUUACUUAUAGCAAUUUGAGGAGAGAUUUUCUUGUAAUUAUUGUUGUCCUCUCCGCCUCCGCAUUUCCAUGUGAAAGGAUGCCUAUUCUCUAA